AUGCGGCGCGGCGCCGUGGUGCUGCUGGCCAUGGCGGUGGCCGUGGCGGCGCUGGCCGGGCGGUGCGGAGCGCAGCUGGCGAGCGGCUACUACCAGGGCAAGUGCAUCAUGAACGGCAGCGGCAACGGCAACUCGAGCGCGGCGGGGAACUCGAGCUCGAGCGUGGCCGUGGACGUGGAGAGCAUCAUCCACGACGCCGUCCAGGCCCGCCUCGCCUGGGACAAGCGGAUGGUCGCCGGCCUCCUCCACAUGAUCUUCCACGACUGCUUCGUCAACGGGUGCGACGCGUCGAUCCUGCUGGACGGGCCCAACACGGAGAAGACGGCGCCGCAGAACAACGGCAUCUUCGGCUACGACUUCAUCGACGACGUCAAGGACAAGCUGGAGGCGGCCUGCCCCGGCGUCGUCUCCUGCGCCGACAUCAUCGUCGCCGCAACCAGGGACGCCAUCGGCAUGUGCGGAGGGCCGAGGUACGAGGUGCAGCUGGGCAGGCUGGACGGCAGGGUGUCGCAGGCGUGGAUGGCGACGGACCUGCCGGGGCCCGACGUCGACAUCCCGACGGCCAUCGACAUGUUCGCCAAGAAGGGCCUCAACAGCUUCGACAUGGCCAUCCUCAUGGGGGCGCACACAGUUGGGGUGACGCACUGCUCGGUGAUCCACGACCGGCUGUACAACUUCAACGGCACCGGAGAGGCGGACCCGUCGAUGGAGCCGCUGUACGUGUGGAUCCUGACGACGUUCGCGUGCCCCAAGGGCCAGAGCUUCGACAACAUCGUCUACCUCGACGACCCCUCCAGCAUCCUCACCGUCGACCGGAGCUACUACGCCCAGAUCCUCAAGCGCCGCGGCGUCCUCGCCGUCGACCAGAAGCUCGGCGACCACGCCGCCACCGCCUGGAUGGUCAACUUCCUCGGCACCACCGACUUCUUCACCUCCAUGUUCCCCUACGCGCUCAACAAGCUCGCCGCCGUCGAGGUCAAGACCGGCGGCGCCGGCGAGAUCAGGACCAACUGCCGGAGGACCAAUUAACUAGCUUGCUACCUAGCUAAAUACAUGGCCACGUAUUAUAUAGGUAGAAAUUAAUUAAUCGAUCAAACAAACAGAUUAAAGAGGAGAGAGUAAACAGCAGCUAGCUAGCCCAUCCAGCCAGAGCCGUAUAUGCACAUUCAUUCUUUUUUUUCACCUCCUGAUCUUGUCAAUGAUUGCAUCCAUGAUUCUACUAUACAUUAGUAGUUGAUUUCAGUAAAGA